UUGUCAUGUUUUCGGCGUUGGUGGAUGGUUUUCGGAUAACUCAUCGCGCCAAGUACCUCAACUCAUUGACUGGGCUUUUCCCCCUACUUUUCUGCUUCGCCUUUCCCGUUUUCUCUAUCCUUUUGUCGGCACUUAUCAUGCAGCUUUGGAUGAUCUAAGCUAUUGUCUGAUGUCAUAGGCCGGCGCAAUGUAUUGGGGCAGUCCACAUUGGUGUUUGGGUUCUUUUUUCCGCUCUCUUUGUCUCUCGAGCUGCUGCACGGUCGUUGGGUGUUCUGAAUUUAUUCGGCGUUGUGGAUAUGAAGCCUUUCUUUUCCUUAUUUGUCAACACAUUGAGAGAUUGGCUUUAUUUGCAGGUGGUGUUCAAACCCGCUCUAUGCUUCAUACCCCUUUUCAUCCUGACAAAGAUAGUGCAUCUUGCUAUCCGUCAGAUAAGGACAGCCUCGAUUUGGUGCAGUUCCAAUCUGUGACCAAAAUGCUGGGAGAAGAGAAACCUGGAGACCUGGGGGGAAUCUACGAAAGCUUUCAAUGAAAUGAAAGACUAAAAGAAAGAAAGCAAAAAAAGAAAACGAAAGAAAAAAGAAAAAAAAGUUUGAAAACCAAUGAAAACCAACAAAGAGGAGGGUUACUGUCAGAUGUUUGGCUUACGCCUGUAGCCAGCGGUC